GGCCUCGUCCCCGCCUCAGCGCGCAGUGGGCGUGCGCGGCCUUGUCCUGUUUGUUGUUGUUUGUGUGGAGGGUGAAAAUGGCGGAGGGGAGAGACCCAAGUGAGAAUUAAAAAAAAUAUAUAUAUGACUAGUCCCAACAACGAAAUUACAAACUGAAUGCAACACUCGUUUCUUUUUAACGAAAAGCUAACGCCGAGUCCAAAGUCCUUGCGUAACACACUACCGUGCAGAGGAGAAAGACUGGCUCCUGGAAGCAACUGAUCGCUGAAGGCGAGAUGGAUUUUGGAAAGCGGAUUUUGAAUUAGCAGUUCAAGUUUGCGAAACAGCUUCUGGUGAAAACGCAAAGGACUGUUUACCCGUCGGAGCAUUCGCAGAUCCGUGCAUGAGGGUCUCGGGAGGUACAAGAGAACCGCAGUAGCAGACGGACGGAUCAGGUGCUGCACCUCUUCAGACCCCUCCUGCCCUUCCCCCUCUCAGCGGGACAGUGCUGCCUGACAGGGAGGACAUGGUGCCUUAGCUGAGCUCCCCCAACCGCCCCCCUCCUCCUCCAUCUGCAAAGAAGACCACAGCAGCGGCCCCACAUGUGUGUCUUUCUGGACUCCUGUUCUAGCGUGCUGUAGCUCAACAUGAGUGGCCUAGGGGAAAGUGCCCUUGACCCCACGAACCUGGACUCUCUCAAGAGGAAAGGGUCACCAUGCGACACCUCUGGGCAGAGUGUCGAGAAGCGCCGCCGGGAGCUGGAGUGUCGUUACAUCGAGGAGCUGGCGGAGCUGCUGUCGGCUAACAUGGGCGACAUCGACAGUCUGAGCGUGAAGCCGGACAAAUGCCACAUCCUGAAGAGCACAGUAGACCAGAUCCAGCAGAUCAAGCGCCGGGAGCAGGAGAAAGCUGCUGCUGCGUUGAUGUCGCCCGACGAUGAAGUGCAGAAGAGUGACAUCUCAUCCAGCAGCCAGGGGAUGAUUGAGAAGGAAGCCUUGUGUCCUCUUUUGCUAGAGGCACUGGAUGGCUUCUUCUUCGUGGUUAAUCGUGAGGGGCGGAUUGUCUUUGUCUCGGAGAAUGUGACUAACUACCUUGGUUACCCCCAGGAGGAGCUGAUGAGCUCCAGUGUGUACAGCAUCCUGCAUGUGGGCGACCACAAUGAAUUUGUACGCAACCUGCUGCCCAAGAGCUUGGUCAAUGGGGUUCCCUGGCCUCAGGAGUCUACUGGUAGGAACAGCCAUACUUUCAACUGCCGCAUGCUGAAACGACCCCCUGACGAGGUGGACUCAGAGAACCAGGAAGCACGGCAGCAGUAUGAGAUAAUGCAGUGCUUCACUGUUUCUCAACCUAGAGCCAUGCAUGAGGAGGGCGAGGACCUUCAGAGCUGUCUCAUCUGCAUUGCCUGCCGUCUGCCACGCCCACAGCUGCCUGUCAGCACUGAGUCCUUCAUCACCAGACAGGACCCCACAGGAAAGAUCAUCUCAAUUGAGACAAGUGCGCUCCGUGCCACAGGACGUCCUGGGUGGGAGGACCUCGUCCGGAAGUGUAUCUAUGCCUUCUUCCAGCCACAGGGCAAGGAGCCGUCCUAUGCGAAGCAGCUUCUUCAGGAAGUGAUAUCCCAUGGUACUGCCAUCAGCCCGGUCUACCGUUUUACUCUGAAUGAUGGCACUACUCUCAGCGCUCAGACACGCUGCAAAUUGUGCUACCCGCCCAACCAGGAUAUGCAACCUUUCAUCAUGGGCAUCCACACUAUUGACAGGGAACACAACACUGCAAGCUCUCAGGAAAACACUAACACUGGCCCUCUGUCCACGCAUGGGAGCCAGUCUCCAGCCCAGCCCACCCGCUCUCCUGCUGUGCAGCCAAGCAUGGAGCUUGGCCAGACUGCUGGCAUGGGCGUCCACCUCAACAAUGGGAACAGCAGCGGGACUGGCCCAGCCACACCUACCAGCCACCCACCAGGGUACCUCACACCCAGUCGGAUGGGCACCCAACAGUUAAACAGUCCUUCUCCCCUUGGCAGCCCACUGGGAACUACCCCCACCUCAUUCAUGUCUCCCAGGCCGCCUCGUGGGAGCCCUGGGCUCGGGGGGAGCCCUAGAGUGUCGGGGAAUCCCUUCUCCCCUUCCACACCCAGCCUUCAUUCCCCAGCAGGGGCACCCAGCGGUAGUGGAAACCUGAGCAGACAGCAGUCAGGUUGUCAUGGAGAGUGUGCCGGCACCCCUCUCAGUUUCUCGACGCCCUCUCCGGUCCCGCAGAGACAGACCAGCACUCCUGCUAGCUCACCAGUACGCCCUCCCCUCGCAAAACCGGCCGAGGGGCUGCCUGAGAGCAGAGAGGACCACACCAAGACUCCUCAGCAGCUCAGCAACGCCAAGCUGGGCCAGCUCCUGGACGGCUGCGGAGGCAGACCCUCGGAAACGGACACGCCCCCCUCCCUGCCGGCCCCCUGCCCGGCCUCCCACAGCUCGCUGACGGAGCGCCACAAGAUCUUGCAUCGGCUCCUGCAGGACAACAGCCCCACGGAGCCGACCGAGGGCGGGAGAAAGGACAUGGAAAUCAAGAAGGAGCCUUCCGCCAGUUCACCCAGCUCCAGGGAGCCCCAGGACCACCAGCUGCUGCGGUUUCUCCUGGACACAGACGAUAAGGAUUUGGGAGGCCUUCCACCCUCUUCUGCCCUCAGCCUCCAAACUGUCAGAGUGAAGGCCGGGAAAACGCCUGAAGCAGAGUCCAGUGCCUCCCCAAAGCCAAAUGACCGGCCAAGAAAUCAGUUUGGAGCUGACCUGGACACGGUAAGCCAACUGCUGCACACACUGGCUGGCGGUCCGGGGGUAAAACUGCCCGAGGAGCAGGGCGACUCACCGCAGCCAGGAGAAUCCAGCCUUCCCAGGGGCGUGAGCGUGAAGCAGGAGCCCAGCAGUACCCCUGGCCGUGGUUUCAGUGAUGGGCCCAGACUACAGAGCCAAUCACCUUUUGAGUUCUGCAGUCCCUCCACUCCCUCCCAAGGCCAAGGAGACCAUUUCCUGUCACCUAAGGGCAGCAGCCCAUUCAGAGAGUCAGGCCACGUAAACACCUUCAGGACUGACACAGGACUCCCAAAGAUGGAGCUUACAGGGUCACAGCAGUUCCAUCCUCCCCCCAUGGCCGAGCCCAUGCCUUUUGAAGGCAAUAUGGGAAGUGUGAAUGAUAGUGCUCUGACAGUUCCACCAGAGCAGUGCAUCCCGUGCCCGCUGGAUGAGAUGCUGUGUCCGCCGACUACCGUGGAGGGCCGGAAUGAUGAGAAAGCACUGCUCGAUCAGUUAGUGUCCUUCCUGAGUGGCACAGAUGAGAGUGAACUGGCGGCCCUGGACCGUGCACUGGGCAUUGACAAGCUCGUGCAGGGUUGCUGUUUGGAUAGCCUUUCUCAGCAGUUCCCUGCUCAGGCCCCCAUGCUGAUGGAUCCCAAGCCCCCUGGCUACACAUCACAGUUCCCUCCUGGUUCCCCCCAGUUCUCUUCCGCAAUGGGGAGAGCUCAAGGCCUGGGGUUUGGAGGCCCACGUGGAGCCUUCCCUGGAGGAAUAGGGAUGGGGCCGCGACCUCCCUUGGCUCGGCCUCCUGGUCUGCCAAACCAGUUGAGACUGCAGCUCCAGCAGAGGCUCCAAGGCCAGCAGCAGCUAAUGCAGCAGAACCGACAGGCCCAGAUGGGUCAGUUUCCAGGGGCAGUGCCUGUUGCUAUGGGGAUGCGUCCCAGCAUGCAGCAGCCACAGCUGCCAUCUCAGCCCCCUCUCAACGCUCAGAUGCUGGCACAGAGGCAGCGCGAGCUCUACAGCAUCCAGCACCGCCAGCGGCAGCUCCUGCAGCAGAAGGCCAUGCUCAUGCGGCAGCAGGGGUUCGCGGGGGGGCCCAUGGGCGUAGCACGGAUCCCUAAAGGCCCUCAGCAGCAGCAGCAGUUUACCUUCCCUCCGGGCUACAGUCCAGCUGCUGGGAACCCCCCAAACUCUCCUAGUCCUUUUACCCCCAUGGGUGGGCCUCCUGACCCAACGCUACCUGCUAGGGGCCCAAUGGCGAACCAGGGCCUGAUGGGUAAUGUUCAAGGACAGUUUGGAGGGGCCAUGAAUUCUCCUGUUCAGCCCAGUAUCUUUCAGCAAUUUGGAGGACCGGGAAUGGUCCAGCAGGGGGAGCCACCUUUCCCUCCUGCCCUCAGUCCCACCAGCCCCCUGCUGUCACCACAGAUCUCCACUUCCCAGAGUCCUAUGCUCCAGCAGACACAGCCUCCUCCUGGAUACCAGUCACCUGACUUAAAAAACUGGCAACAGGGCAGUAUGGGAAAUAACAGCAUGUACAACCAGUCAGGACAGACCCCUCCCCAGGCAUUUGGCCAGCAAGGUGUGUACAACAACAUGAGCAUCACAGUGUCGAUGGCAGGGGGCACCGGAGGUGUGGGCUCGAUUCCAUCCAUGGGACCACCCGUUGGCAUGGGUAACAGUAACAUGGGCAGUGUCAGCUCCAUGUGUAACGAUCAGGUACAACAGGUUCAAGUUUUUGCUGAUGUCCAAUGUACAGUUAACUUGGUAGGCAGUGACCCCUACUUGAAUCAGUCUGGCCCUUUGGGAUCACAAAAAGGAGGAGCUGGCGCCCAAACCACCCCAUCACAGCAGAAAAGCCUCCUUCAGCAGCUGUUAACUGAAUGACACCCUAGGCAGGGCGGAGUGUUUCACAAAGAGAUAUUUAUAUUUUUCACAAGUUUCUUUUUAAUUUUCCUCGAGAUUGGUUUGGGGGGCCGGUGAUGGAGUAUUGAAUAUCUCGGCCUGUUGGCAGAGUGCUCGAUUCCUGGUUGCUUACUCAGAAGAUUUGCUUUCUGGCUGGAGAAGCACGUUGCAUCUUGGCCACAUUAAGGCGGACCUGCUUCGUGACUCGCUGCCUUUGUCAGGCAGGGUUGGAAGAUCUGGUGCAAAAUGGAGUGUAACUACUGAGCUUGGCUCAUUCUUUGGCCAGCUGGAGCAGCAGUGCGAUGGAAUAACACUUUGGGAAAGUGUUUUGUUUCCUGUUCAGCAAGGAUUGUUCAGUUUCAGCAGGAUCUGUCACUGAUCGGCGCUCCACUGCAGUGCCUAGUGGAAGGACUUUCACUUUUGAUUUCUCAGUGAAAUGGAACAAGAAUCACCAGGAUGGAAGACUUAGCACGCUGUCUGCCACAGGCUUCCCUGGGGAAAAUGUUUUAUAAAUAAUAGGCUACAAAUGUUCUACACAAAUCUCUUUUCUAGCAGCUGUGAAUAUUUGGAGCCUCAGAGGCUCUCUUUGGCCUAUCAGUGUUUAUUGCAAUGUGUACCGUGCAGAAUUGAAGUAUUGUACAGUACAGAUGGACUAGACUGGGAUGAGCUAAAGGUUUCUACCAUCCUUUCAAACGUAAUUGAAUUAUUUUGAAGACAACAGUAAAUCUGAAGUAAAACUCACAAAUAUAAUUGGAGUUUGAAGCAGAAUUUAGAAUUGUUUUCCAUUUCAGAAUUUGAAAAUUGGUAUCUGUCAUUGUUUUAUGAUUCUCGGAGGCAACGUUUUUGGCAUUACGAGCGUGCAAACUUGCUUUUAUUUCAUUGAACGUUUUGGAUUUGGAACAUUUCAUUUCGGUCAGGUUGGCUUUGCAGGUUUUAAUUUUUCUCAGAUCUGGCGUCUUGUGGUCCCAUUUGAUUAAACAACAAAACAAUAACAGAUUGAGCACAUAAAACAUUAAUUUGAAAUGGUAAAUUAGUUAAUGGGGUCUAGCUCACCUUCUACAUUUUAAUGGAAUCCUGCAAAUACAAAUUCUUUGCUCAUCCCCACAGUUGGCACAGUGACACUACAACACGGUCACACCCUGCUGUACAGUACAGCUUGAAGACUGUUGUGCUUGUGCUUACUGUAGCAGUCAGACACUGUUCAGCGUUAACCGAGGUUGACAUUGUUGUAACACUAUUGGUAAUGUUACCAGGCAUCAAAUGUAAAAAAAAAGAGCAACAACAAAAAAGAAGAUAUUAACAAGCAAUAACAGUAAAGUGAGGUAAAAGAUAUUUUUAGAAAAAAAUUGAAUUGUGAAAAUAUAAAAGGAAUUCAAAAGUCUAAUUCCUUUAGCUAUAUUGUGAUUUCAGAAUAGCUGUUGAAAGAAACCUUGUACAAAUGAGAAUUUGAUGGUCCAAAUAGCUUAUUUUCUCACUGUGUAUUUACAGGGUGAUUCACAAAUCUUGCAAUGUUGUCAGAGCACCGCAGAAAUGGAAAGAGGGUUUCCAAAGACUGUGGCAGUGACACGGCCUAAUGCAUUCCUUUGGUCAUCAGAGAGUUGUAACACUCCCAGUAGAAGCACUUGUAGAGAGAAGGGUCAGAGCUCAGAUUCACCAAGCUGAUUCUCGCUGUGGAUGCAGAACUAAUGGAACAGCUGCCGCUCCUGCUGUAGUGCUCUCUCAUUCGAAAACACAUUCCCAAGGUCAGCGUAACAAUACUGUGCAGUGCAAGACAUCAGAUGUCCCAUGUCAGGGGCCAUUAAUGCAGUGGCAGCAACACUUGAUGACAAUUGCAGUGAUGAGUCAAGACAUUUGUGCCCUUGCUUAGUUGUUACCUGCAGUGGUAAAAGGAUGAAGGAUGUGAUUCUGUGAAUCAGUGAAAGAGUAAAUUGUAGAGUACCAUCUUCCCAGAUGAGGUAAUUCUUCACCUGAAUGAGAUGAUGAGGUGGUAGAAUACAGGUCAGUGGGAGUCAGGUAAUCUGUGUAGCUAUGGAACCACAUGUUGUUCAUCCUGUGUCAUGGUUAUGAUGUGGCGUAGCGUUGAAUGCUGGCUUCUCCAUUCGUAUCUGCUAAAGAGAAUAGAUUACCAUGUAGGUGGAUGGUUUGAUGAGGUUCCUCAUGAAGACCUCUGUGGUCACCAAACCUUAGCUUUUUUUUUCCCCUAUAAAUAUAUUUGGAGUCACAGGCAAGGUUCCCACGGUCAUGGAAAUCCUGGAAAAGUUUUGAAAAAUGAUAAAAUAUCCAUUACGUUGUGGAAAAGUGGUGGAAUGUUUUUUUUUUACUUCACCCAAAAUUAUCAUGGCUAUAUCAUGUAAUUUUGUUCAUAAAUAAGCAAACUUUUAAAAAGAGACUGCAGCAUUGCCGUCGCUAAUAUUACACAUUAUAGUAACGCAUCAGACCCUCUCUCAGGAAUUUUAUAGUGAGCCGUAAGCUAGCCAGGCGCCCAUGUCAAAAUGCCGGGUAAAUGUGUUUUCAGUCUGGUUAGCAGAUGAAAAAUACAAGGUAUGGCUCCAAAAAGAUGAAGACCCAAAUGUGCGAUAUGUAUAAAUUAUGCAAGAAAAUAAGUUAUGGAAAAGUCACGGAAAUGUUUUGGGAUUUUGUUGGUAAAAAUGGGUGGGAACCCUGCACAGGUUUACCGCAAUAGAUCUUGCAACCAGAACAUUUUGGAACAAAGUUGUUCUGAUUGGCUGAUUUGAAACUGAUCUGUCCGUGUUCUACUUAGUUUUCAGUUCUGAUUAUUUUUUAAAUAGAAUAUACCCUGCUGCUCAAAUAAUGCAUUGGUCGCUGCGUCAUUGGUCUUACUUCUUUGCAUAUCCUCUGUUUGGACUUCGGUUUUAGCGUUACUCUGGCAAUAUGAAUUUCAGUCACCUUGUGUGCAGUUUAUGCUGUGUGCUUGUGAGCGUUUGGUUGUAUGUACACGUGGAGUGUGACAAUUAUGUUUCAGCAGUGAAAGUCAAACAGAGCAGUGGGCCGUGUGCAGUGUAUCUCAAGAACACUGUUGUGAAGAGGAAAAAGUGUAACCCUGUGUUAAUAAAGUGUUCUGUCAAAAAAAAAGGAGAAGUGAAUCAUGAGCCUGAAUUGUCAUACUUUGUGUGUAUUUCACAAAGUCUCUACAAAAUGUCUUCAUGAUCUCCCUCUACUGGCCAUAAGUUGUGCUGCUUUGCUUUUUUGUGAAUACUGUAAGACACUAUCAACAGAGUUAUGAUGCAUCUUUUACACAAUAUGUUUCUGAAUUUACCCAAAAAGUAAGGAAUAGUAAGGAACAGAAAAGGCACGUGCAUUUCUUUGGAAUCCUUUGCAGGGAUGUCCUUUUUAAUAUCAGACCAUUCACAGAUAAUUGCGUUUGUACAGUGCUGAACAAGACAAGACCAUUACAGAAUUUUUGGCACAUUCAAAUUGUCAAGAAAGUAUUCUGAACUUGAGAACAUGUGUAUGAUAUAUAGUAUACUACAUACUAUAAUAUCAACAUAACACAGUUUUUUUCUACUACCAAGAUAAUUAUAUUAUGAUCAAGAGUGGCUGGAUAUGAAGACUGAGCAGAGGCUUUGUGCAGAUGUGUAUGAUAAAGAGUACAUAUGUGAGCAACAAUUCACAAAUUUGGAAGCAACAGAUAAUGUAUGGAUGAAAUGGGGAUGAAUAGUGGUGAUUUUUACAUUUUCAGGACAUUGGCAUACUAAUUAUCUUGUAUUUCCUGGGUUUAUGACUGCUGUUUAUAAGUAUGUAGAAAAAUGAAAGAUUAAUCCCUAUGGCAAAUAUUGGGGUUAUUCCAUUUUUUAAAAAAAAAUGUGGAGCUUGUGGGUAAAAUCAGGUUGUUUACAGAAAAGUGGAUGUCAUUAAACAAACGUUUAUUCCUUUUGCAAGUUAAGUUCAAAUCAUGAAAAAGGAUUGUAAUUAACCCCCAAUAAUUUAAACUCAUUGUAGUAAUGCAGUAAUACAGUUAUCACUGUAACAAAUUACUAACAAAAAUAAUGUCUUAACCUGACAAAUACUUUUUUUCUUCCAUUUAAACAGCUGCAUGUUCAGUAUAAUUCUACAUAACAAAUGUUUGGAAGGACAGUUUUUUUGCUCUAGAACUAAUUGUUCAAGAGGUUCAGUAAAAAAAAAUAGUAGAAAAGGUAGCCAAGAUGGUUAUCAGUUCUAAGAAUCCAAGAUAUGCAGUGAGCCUUUUUCUUGUUUUGAGGACAUUAAUGUUUGCUUCAAAAUUUUUGAUGUAUAUGUGAAUGUGCAUUGGUAUAAUUAAUUUGUCUUUGUGUGCAAAACAAGAUGAAUCCUGAUUUUAUUUCUUCUGUCUUUAGUUGCCUGCACAUUACCUGUGGGUGUUUAGAUUGCUCUAUAUGCGAGAGAGUGUUUUAGAGACUGCUGAAUGUGAUUUUACUGAGAGCGAGAAGCAGCGGGAGCUGGCUUUUGUACGGGUUAAUUUUAAGACAAAAAAAGGCCAUAUUUAAUUUCUUGUCUCUGUUGUCAAAAGUUUGAACAGAUCUGAGAAAGUGGAACCUUAGUUUCAGGAGAACAGUACUUGUGGCUCUUGGCAGAAUUUCCUUUAGUUCAACCCAGAACAUAUUUUGUUUCUGCCAACAUUUGUCCGACACAGUCUAUGGGAUAGGUGUGGUUGCAUAUUUUAAAAGUCACCAAAGUUAAAAAGAUCUUCUUUAAGCCUUUUUUUUAAAUUCAAAGUCACACUUCCAAAACUAUUGUUGGUAGAUUAAUGUGAAAAAUGCGGCUAAACAUUUUCCUUUACCUCAUACUGAAAACAAACCGCUGCCUGAAUUUUUUAAUACUACAAUUUUGUCCAUCAUUUCCAUUUUUUAUGAACCUCUGCAUUUUUGUACAUAUUUCUGCUGAAAAAAAAAGUUUGUUUUGAGGCAGAUAUUCACCUUGUUGGAGACGGUUCUCCUCAGUGUAUCCAGAUGCCUCACUCUGUUCACAUUGGUCAAGAAAACUUUAGUCUUCAACUGAGAAACAGAUACUACUGCAGACAGCAGCAGACAGAUUGGCAAUCUAGAACGGAAAUGAAGCUUCUUUGUAUUAUACUAGAUAAAAGGCAGUGAAGAUAGAAUCACAAAUUAAAAACUUUCUUCAUUAUAUUAUUUUCACUAAUUAUCUUUAUGAAACUAAAGGAAAUUGUAUGAUUUAAUAUAUUUGGAUGUGUGAAUUCACACAAGUGUACAGAAUGGGUUUGUGAAAUGGUUCAAAUGCCAUUUAUUUGAAAUCUUUUAAUUUAUUUCACUCGAAACUUUAUACCAAAUCUGAGGCGCCUUAUGUAUAUAUUUCCUUCGUAUAGCAGAGUGAUAAUUCUUAGCUUUUACAACUUCUUUUUGCUUUCCUUGUUAAUAAUGAAUUUCGUAUAAUAAUCUUUGUAAAACUAGUAUGCUCUAUUUUCCAUAUUUGAUUUUUUAACUGAAAUAUAAAUAUCCCAGGGAUUUAAAAAACAAAGUCUAAAUUGAAUUUUUACUAUUUCUACUUUAAAUUGUAAACCAUUUUAAAUUUAUAGUAUGAAGAAAAAGUGUUCUCGGUUCAUGAUAAAACCUCUUUAAAGCUGAAAUGGAAUAAAUUGAAUGAUUGUCCUGUAAAAAUGAACAAUCUUUCCAGUUGACAUGUAGAGUUAGAUAAUUUGUAUAUUUGCAAUGAAAAUAAAAACUCAGGCUCCUCAAAACUUUGGUAAGAUUGUAUAUUGUCAUGGAUAAGGGAACUUGGAAAUCAUUUAUUCAUGAAAGUACAGGGCUCUGCUGCAGUCCUAGAACAGAAUACAGGGUUGCAACAAAAAUAUUUCUUUAAUUCUUCCAUUAGAUGAUCUUCGUAAUACAUUCCAUGUUUUUUUUUUAAAAAAAGCUUUGUUAAAAAAAUUUAUUUAAUCUUUCUCCAUAAUAGUUUUAGACAUUUAUUCUUGUAUGAAGUUCCUUCCCCUCACAAAGAAAAUUGCAGUAUGCUGUAUACUGUAUGUCACUCUUGGGCUUUGAAGCUUUCAAUAGCCAUCGGCCAUGAAUUUUCUUUGUUGCUAUGCCCGUUUUUGCAGGUCAUUCCACCUGCUGUGCUCUGUUGAUAAUGAUAGGUCCACAGUUAUUAAGGAAGAACCAACCCCCUUGACUCUUUCAAAAGCUGAAGACAGCCUGGAUCUGCACUUUUUUUGCUGCCAUUUGCCCUGUUUUAAACACCGAAAUAAUGGAAUGCAAGUGUACAAAAAAGUAAAGUCUGGCAGCAAUUAAUACCUUAUAAUUUGUGGUCAGGACUUUUGGGAGCAACUAUUUAUGCCUUAGAAAUAAUGCUUGUACUCGUCACUGCUGCCUUAUUGAUGACAGUUUUGAUAUUGGCCACUUAGAGUCCAGAGCUUGUUUUUAUCUGUCCAUCAGAACACGGUAAUGAGCUCGUUAAACAAGGUUCCACUUUUUCUUGAAAAAUUAAUAUAAAUAAAUAUAAAUAUAUCUAUAUACAUUUUGUUAAUUUUGUCACAUUUUGUACAUUAUAAUAGUUUGUGUCUUAGAAACCUUUUUAUGAGUUCCUGUCUGAUGAAGGGGUGAUUACAGAAUGUGUGUCCUGAAGCUAAAGCAUGUUAUUCUGCUGGCAGGCUUAUCUGGGUAAUCUUUACCUAUAACUAAACUGUUAAAAACAGUCGAUAACUCUGUACAAUACUAAAAGAAAUGUAGUCUGGUAAUUAAUGUUUCACAUCUAUAUAUACUAUAUGCCUACAGCUACAAGUCUAUUUCUUAUCCCAGUGUGAUAUGGUAACAACAUGCGGGCGUUCGCUACCUGACUAAGUUUCUUCUGGCAUUCUACAAACAAUCCCAUCUCUAAUGUCAUACGUAUCUCCUGCUUGCAGGGGCUAAACUAUUUCUGCUUUUCUACUGUAAUAGGAGAUUUUGAGAACUGCUGUUGCUCAGUUCUCAUUCAUUUGCAACGUAAUGCUGCUCUUUUUUUGACUAUAGGUAGACCGGCACAUUAUGGGCUGAAAAAAACAAGAUCUCUUUAACAUUCAUGAAUGUCAGGAUUCAACACACUGCAAUAAAAGCACCAUUAAAAUGUAUGUAUUUAUUUCUGC